GCAGACAUAGAAAGGGAGAAAGCUGCUGCAUGAGAAAGGAUAAAACAGAUUAAGGCUAUAGCCACAGAAGGAAGUAGAGGGUUUCAAAUGCUGCAACUGUAGUGAUGUCUAGGUUUUGAGUUAGUGUUUGGUCUUCAUCAACAAUUCAUGGGAAGAGUAGGCCACUAAAAUGGGGACUUACAAAAGCCAGUCUGAUUGGCUGCUGAUGCUAACCAAUAGCAUAUGUCUUAGAGAAGAGUGGUUUGUCUUUCUUUAUGCUCUCUAUAGGGCUUAAGUACCUCCCUCUGGACUGCAGAGAGGUACUUUGCUGCACUCUGGCUUCACAGCUGUGAAUAAUCUUUUGCAGGCUAAGUUUCCUGAGUGAUCCUGUUUAAAUAAGCCAGAGGACUGCAGACAGGUCUGGAAACCUGUUUAACUUUUGUUGCAAGUCUUUUCAGCCACAAACAGAAACAAAGUCUUUUGGGUUCAACCAGAACAGAAGGGUAAAGCAUUUAAUAUGGCAUGUUGUACGAUUGCUCCAGUCAUGAAAAUGCUGAAUCUCAUCUGGUAUAAGAUGCUGAUUUCCGUUAGCAUGGCAAGUGGAGAACCAACAGGUACUGCUCCUCUUAUGGCACCCAGUGACCUGAGAGUUUCCAAACAUUGGCCUGGAGUUAUUCUAUCGUGGAACAGCAAUGUGAGGGACGAAAUGGAGAUGAAUGAUGUGAUAUAUGUUUUGACUUAUAAAUUUCUCAAUUCAACUAAAGAAGUGAAAGAAAGAUCUUCAGAAACAGAAAAGAAGAUAAGUCUCAAUUUAUAUCCUGGCUUUGUAGCUAAAGUUAAAACACAGCUUCUUUUGAGUGGAACAAAGAAGGUUAUUGUGGAGAGUAAUUGGACGGAGUUUAUUUACAUUACUCCUGUGUAUAUUCAGAAUCUCUCAUGUGUCAUAUACAACAUUUCUAAUUUAAAUUGUACGUGGGGUAUUAAAACAGAAGCUCCUGAAGAUGUUCAGUAUUUUCUUUCCUAUAGGCAUAAUAAAAGAGAUUAUGAAUGCCAGCUACAUUUUAAAAAUAUAAACAAGAAAAACACUGGUUGCCACUUCAAAGAAGUAUAUUUUAUACCUCCAAGCAAAAUCAAAAUAAACGUAUCUGUAAAGGAUUUAAGAAAUAAUUUAGGAACACAUACCUAUUACAAAGCCUUUAUCCCUCAGAGAAUAGAAAAACUGAAUCCUCCAAAUAAUGUGUCCAUUGUCCUUGAAAAUGGAAGCAUUCAUAUUUCCUGGAAACAUCCACCUACUAUUGGUUCCUCAGAAAGGUCCUGCUUUACAUACCAGGUGAAAAUUAAAGAUCUAAAGCCCACAGAAACCAGGGAAGAAGAAUACGUGUAUCCAGUUCAUAAUCCAAUGAAAGCAUACUCUGUUCAAGUCAGAGCAAAGAAAAAGAUUUGUAUAACAAACAAGCUUUGGAGUGACUGGAGUGAACCAGUUUUCAUCGGUGAUGAUAAUACAAUGGACACCUUUCUACACAUACCAGUUUUGGCAUGUGUUCUUCCUGUGAUUUCCUUUGGAAUAUUUCUGAUUUUUAUCUGUAGAAGGCGUAUAUGCUUCAGUGCUCUCUUCAUGGCUAUCCCAAGCCCUCCAGUCAAAAUCAAAACAUGGCUAGACUCUGAUGAAGCUCACUGGCAGAAAGAGGAUGACCCUGUUUCCAAAAUUCCUGACAUGCAGGUCAUUAGAGACGUCUGUGUUGUACCUCUGACAGAAAAAUAUUUCAACCCAAAUGAAAUGGAGAUGCCCUUAAAAAUUAUGUUGGCUACUUGGGAGGACAACUGUCACAAGAGCAUUCAUAACAAGGAUAAUUUGGUGAAUCUGGAUUCUUGACUAGACUGAGGAUACUGAGGGAGAGCAAUCCUCUUUUCUGCCCAGCAGCAGCCAUCUUUUCAAGUCUGGACAAUCAUCUCAUCAGAUACUCUGGCAGAACCUGAUCAGGGCUGUACAGAGUGGUUUGCAUCCAGCAAUUUGAUAGUUCUCAAAAGUUUCCACUACUCAUAUUAUGUAAUUCCUAAGAGGUCCAGAAAGCACAGAUGCCAGAGACAGCUUCAAUUUUUAUUUUACUACUGAUGAUUUUAAGAUUAGAUCUCUUCAGUAAAGUCUCACCAUCUACAGGUGUGACCCUAUUAGGCCACAGUAAGCUCAUAAAUGCCACUGUAGGAUAAUACUUGUAAACACAAGACCUAUCCUAUGGGGUAUUAUUUAGUGCUCUGCAGUGCACAUGUAGGUGCUGAUGGGGCUGGCUGGGGCAUGAGGAUGCUUCAGUGCAGGG